AUGACUACAAUCAGAUGUGUUACAGCUUUGGCAGCUUGCAAGAAAUUGGAUAUGCAUCAAUUAGAUGUAAAUGAUGCUUUUCUACAUGGAGAACUCAAUGAAGAAAUAUACAUGACUCUUCCUGAAGAAAUGAAUGGUCUUCCUAGUAAGAUCUGCAAGCUGAAGAAAUCCUUAUAUGGCUUAAAACAAGCUUCCAGACAGUGGUUUGCUAGGUUGGUUGUUGAACUGAGAAAGCUUGGGUUCUCUCAGUCUCAUAGUGAUGCAUCAUUGUUUAUAAAGAGAGUUGUUGGGAAGGUCAUAAUUGCAGCCAUAUAUAUGGAUGAUAUUAUCUUGACAGGGGAUGGUGUUGAUACAAUAUCUGAUCUCAAGUUUCAUUUAGACAAGAUUUUCAGCAUUAAAGACUUGGGAAAGCUAAGUUUUUUCCUGGGAAUUGAGGUCAGUUAUAUGCCAGAUGUUACUCCUUUGCCUCAACAUCAAAAACUUGCAACUGAUGAUGGAGUGUUGCUUUCUGAUGUUACUCUUUACAGAAGUUUGGUUGGAAAACUAAACUUCUUAACAAACACCAGGCCAGAUCUUUCUUACAGUGUUCAGACUUUGAGCCAGUUCAUGCAAAAUCCAAGAACAACUCAUAUGGAAGCUCUUCAACAUACUCUUAGAUAUGUGGCUCACACUACAGGACAAGGGAUUUUGUUAAAAGGUUCUGAUGCUCUUACUUUGCAGGCAUUAAUUGAUUCCGAUUGGGCAUCAUGCUCUGAUUCCAGGAAAAGUAUUUCUGGUUAUGUGUUGCUACUUGGUUCUUCUCCCAUCAGUUGGAAGUCCAAGAAACAACCAACAAUGUCUAAAUCAUCCUCAGAAUCAGAGUAUAGGGCAAUGGCCUCUGCUGCUGCUGAAGUUACUUGGGUAGUUAGGUUGCUGUCCGAACUUGGUGUUCUAAUUUGCAACCUGUCACACUUCAUUGUGACAACUAGUCUGCUGUUCAUAUAG